AUGUUGGAACAGGCUUUAAUUGUAGUAUAGAAUUUUUAGAAGGAGUGGGAAUAGACAAUGAAGGAUAAAAAUUUAAUUAUAGCAGAAAGUUAAUUUUAGAUAACUCAUUUUUUGGGAUCAUUAGUGAUUAAGGUGAGAUCUCAAAAGUCUUAGCGGAUAUAAUAGAGAAAAACAGACCUAUUUGGAAGGAUGAAGUAAUUAAAAUUGAAAUGCUUUACAAGUAGUACAGGGAUGAUGUAGUUAGAGAGUGUGAAAGAAGAACAGAAACUUUAUCCUAUGAUUUUAAUAUAUCUAUAUUUGCAGUUCCAUUUAGGUUCUUUAAAGAUAAAUAAUAUCUCAAAAAUUAGCUCUUGGCUGAAAAAAAUAAACUUUUUCAUACACUAAUGGAGGACUACCCUGAAGAAUUUGAAAAAUUAUAUCAAAAAAUAGAAUUUCAUAGGAAAAAUACAUUCCUUUCUUAUUUAUAUUUCUUUUUUUAUGAUAUUUGGAGGAAAAAUAAAGAUUUAUUAAUAGUAUAAAAAAAUGAAGAGCUUCUAAAUCCUGAUAAAAAAGAAUGUAUCAUCUAUGACCACACUAAGUCUAUUUAUGACUGGAAAGAUAUUUUUACAAAAAAAGGUCUUAGGACAAGAAGAGGUAAAGGAUAUUUUAAUGACAAACUUCUAAAAAAUUUCUGCUAUAUUGUGA